AUGGAACCGACUCAGACUACCGCUGGCAAACGCCCUGCUUCGGAUGACGGAGACGCCGUUAUCAAGCACCGUGCGCAGACAACCUCCCAGAAUCCCAGCGUUCCAGCACCAUCGAUGGCUUAUGAGUGUAGUGUUCCCCCUGGGAUGGCGGAAGCUUUUGGACUACUCCCCUCUGCGACAUCGAGUGAAAAGCUGCUCCUCCAACGACUGGAGUCUCCAGCAGAGGAGUGCGCCCGAGAGAAGCGAGAGAAGCAGGCCUUGGAAACCAAGAACAAGUUGCUGGAAGCCGAAGUUCGGUACAAAGACGAGGUCAUCAAGUGUCUCAGGGGGACGCUCGAACGCCACAACCUGUUGUAA